UCAAGGGCAAUGUCUGAUAAGAAAGCGCUCACAGAUUCCUUCCAUAAACAAAAUGGAGGCCCAAGGUGAUCUGGCUUUGCACAUCAAAAUUAUAUACUUACUUAUUGCUGGAAAUACGUGCCUUACUGGUAUUCUGUUUGUUACAAGCAGAAAUAGUUGUUUUCACGAUGACCAGACGAUAAAUAUUUACUCAAGGUACGCAGAUAAAUUACGCGGGAAAUCUAACCGUCUGCGGCGUAGUAGCGUGUACAUUAUCGAUAAUGAGACCAUUGACUACAGAUUUUGCAGGAAAGUAAUAUCCGACUGUGAUCUUAGGACUCCUAUUAUCCCUGGACCUCCUGGAUCCAAAGGGGAAAAGGGAGAGCCAGGGAUUGAUGGGAAAGGAGUGAAGGGGUGUAAGGGGGAAAGAGGAGAAGAGGGUAUACCAGGAUUGCCUGGUAAAAGAGGAGACAAGGGUAUACUCGGAGAAAAAG